AUGAAUUUAAGUAUUUUUAUUUUAUUACUCAUGUAUGCCAAAACUAUCACAUCUUAUAGAUGUCAUGUUGAUUUAAUUACAACUAUUACUGGAAGAUUUAUGUGUAAAGGUAUACCAGAUAAUAAUGUUCAAAUCUUGAUUGGAAGAAAAACUUUUUUUGGUAUAAUUAGUUAUUUUCAUAUGCAAAAGCCUUGUUACUAUGGUAAUAUCAAAAUUAUUUUUAAUAGGCGUAAAUAUUUAAAUAUCAAACCUGUUAUGAAGAUAAUACACAGAUGUAAAGUAUUAAGAAAUAAUUGUCAUAUUGAAGCAAUCAAACAAAUUCCUCCUGUUUAUUUUUCUGGUCGUGGUAUUCCAACAAACGUCACAUUUAACUUUGGUACCUUAGAUCUAAUAAGAUAUUUACCAAACCAAAAAUUCAUAUGUCGAAGAGCAAAAUAA